AUGGGGCUCACCCUGGCAAUCCGGCCCAUUGGGCUUCCAGUUCCACUGCUGUCUGUGCCAGGUGGAAACUCAGGGACGACCGUUGUCAUUGCGAGCACACUGUCACCUACCAUCUCAACUAGGGCUGUUGCCUGCCCUGCCAACGACAUGCUCCUGUGUCUGCUUGAACACGAUGCUGGGGGCGGCUCGGCUGGGCACAGCCCCAUGCUCCCCCGGCAGGAUGCCCAUGCCGGUUGGCUGGUGGGGAACUGGGGUUAUCUUCAGCCAAGCCUCUGGCUGGACCACACAUACGAAGAAGUAAUGGAUUUAAGAAUGAACUCUGCUGCUGCAAAGAAGAAAUCAUUCCUAUUUUCAGCUCUGUAUGCUGCCUUUAUAUUUGGUGGUCGGCACCUAAUGAACAAACGAGCAAAAUUUGAACUGAGGAAACCACUAGUGCUCUGGUCCCUGAGCCUUGCCGUCUUCAGUAUAUUCGGUGCUGUUCGAACUGGUGCUUAUAUGCUGUACAUUUUGAUGACCAAAGGCCUGAAGCAGUCAGUGUGUGACCAGAGUUUUUACAUCGGACCUGUCAGCAAAUUCUGGGCAUAUGCAUUUGUGCUAAGCAAAGCACCUGAACUAGGUGAUACAAUAUUCAUUAUUCUUAGGAAACAGAAGCUCAUCUUCUUACACUGGUACCAUCACAUUACUGUGUUACUUUACUCUUGGUAUUCCUACAAGGACAUGGUGGCUGGCGGUGGCUGGUUCAUGACCAUGAACUAUGGAGUUCACGCCGUUAUGUACUCUUACUAUGCCUUGCGGGCUGCUGGCUUCAGAGUCUCACGCAAGUUUGCCAUGUUCAUCACCUUGUCGCAGAUCACUCAGAUGUUGAUCGGUUGCGUGAUCAAUUACCUGGUCUUCUCCUGGAUGCAGCAGGGCCAGUGCCAUUCCCACGUGCAGAACAUCAUCUGGUCCUCUCUCAUGUACCUCAGCUACUUUGUGCUCUUCUGCCAUUUCUUCUUUGAGGCCUAUAUUGGCAAAACCAGAAAAGAAAGGAAAGUUGACUAGUGGUAGGAACGAGACAGAAGCCAUAGCUCAGGGUCAUCAAGAAAAACAAAAUUGUAAGAAAAGAAAAUGGCACAAGGAAACACAUAUAUGUACGGUGCAGCUAAAACUUGGCAGCUUAGGGAAAGUUAGCUUGGUUUAACCCAGUAAGUUUAUGAUCCUAUCAUGGUGAGGACUCACUGAAUUCUACUCUAUCUCAAAGGACUGCUGAUGAAAGACAACUUACUUCUUGUACCUGUCUGCUCUGGAAAAGAAAGGAGAAAAGACAAAAAAGAAAA